AUGGCGAGUCACGUUACAGUUGGCAAAUGGCAAGUCACACCAUCUUAUCCCCUCGUAGUAGAUCUGGAUAGUGAUAUAGAUUCCCAGACGGAAGAUGAGGAAAUCAGCGACAAUUCCAUCGAUGCAAGGUCAUGUCAGGGUCACUUUGGAUAUGCGGAAGUUGGCAUUAUGUCCAUACCAUAUAUAUUCCGGCAAUCGGAGAAAUAUUGCUCGGUUCGCAUAUUUGAAUCAAAAGUGUUGUCAUUCUUCUUCAAUUGCCUGCAUCAGAAUAUCUGCUUGACUGGCCCUAUUGUGACCAGUUGGAGUCUCACGAAGGCGGAGGCACGUCUCUUCAACGAGAUCAAUGUGGAGCAUUGCAAUGGGGAAUAUGGUAAUGACUUAUUCACCCAAGAGGAUUUAAUUGUACAUAUAAGCGAUGCCAUAGCUUUCUAUCAGUAUCUGAACAAUUCCUAUAAUUUGUUGCGCACGUCAAGGGCAACCGAAAAAUGCGGAUUUGUAGAACUUAAUUUGGAGUCUGUUGUGCCCUACGUAUGGCGGAAUAAAACGCGAGUUGUCCCAUUAUUCUACUUCGAAGGCAAAGUGGAUCUGAAGUGCCAUGCGGAUCGUUUAGUUGGCUGGGAUUUGGCCUAUAUGAAAUGCUGUUGCAUAAUCCAGGGUAUACGGGAAUGUUUCUUUUCGGGUGAUUUGCUUGUCUUGCCACUGGACAUCGUCAUGAGCCUUUUUCCCGAAGGCACACAAAUCAAGCCGUUUUCGUUGAACCAAGUAGAGCGCUUUCUUCUACGAAUGCCAACGUGUGAAGAAGAAUCCAUAACCGAAUAUCUGCCAUUUGUGUGGCACGCUCAGGUCGAUGACGAAAUUGACGGAGAACCGAUCUGA